UUAAUAACAACAUGAUCACUUUUGUCAACAACAUUCUUAUUUGCAGAAAUGUUGCAAACAAAUGUAGCUAACUGGCUAACUUUAAAGUUAACUUUAAGUUAACUUACCAUAGAAACCAUACUGUACUCCUAUGCUGGAACAGCGCUAUUACCUUCAACGGGUUUUCUGUGUUAAUGUGCUGUGUUUUGUGCUAAUUUGAUUAAGCUAAACAUUUAUUAGGGGAUAUGCAGUGAUAUGUUUUAAGAAUAAGGUUAGAGAACAGACCUAUAAGCUGACACUUGAUGAAGAAAGCCUACGUUCCUCUGGCAGGCGACCCAAAGCUGUCACUAGCCCAGUAGCCUCGAUGUGGAAACAGCCACAUCGAGGCUACUGGGCAACUGUUUCUCUGUUUAGAACAUAGAGAAACAGUGCAGAUAUUUGUCAUUCUUUCUGCAACCUGCAGUCACUUUAAAUACAGAGCCAGUAGAGCACAAGAUGCCAAAAGAAAUCUCAGAGAUGUCGUCACCGAAGCUAGAAUUGAGAGGAAGGGAGACAGGACAAAGCCAGCUCAAAGUGCCAGAGAGUAAUAUCAUGUCUACAGAGACUGUAAAGGCAAAAGGGCACAGAAAAGAGGUGCUGCGUAAAUUCUUGACAAAGACAGAAAACCUGGCAGGACAAGUGGUGGAGGAGGGGAAACAGGAGACGGUGAAGAUUCCACAACAAAUUAAGAAUAACACAACUCUCUCUAAACAAACACAAGACAGUCCUGACCUGAAGAUGUCUGCGAUUAAACAUGAGACUAUUAAGAGAGACAGAAAACGGGACUUACUCUGCAUUGAACGGCAGAGAGCACUGCUGGAGGCAUCUUUGAUAAAGAGCAGGUCACAUAUUAUGAAGAUGGACAAGAACAUUGCAGCAAAGGAACAAUAUCUGAAACAGCUUGAACGAAUCACUGAGAGAGAGAAUUACAACUUAGAAGAGUUCCUCAAGAGGAGUGAGGAGAAAUCUGUGGAUUCCAGAAAACUCUUUGAAAAAGAGAGCAAGUCCAAACAGGAGAGGAAUGCUGCGAUUAAGAAGUUAACUGAUGAAAUAAGGACUCUAAAAAGUAAAUUUGCCAAGAUUGAGGAAAUCCUGAAUAAAUAUAGGAGAUACAAGAACGUUCUGUUCAUGCUUACACCUCCGGAGUGGCAUGAGGGCAAAGAGGCAGAGGCUUUGAAAGCUAAAGUCACGUCUGACAGAGACACUCAGGAUGUGCAGAACAGGGAGCCUCAGGAGUCAGCAAUUAGACAGGGUUUGGAGAGAGGUUUAGAGUCCAGUCCAGGUGGAGUGCUGCCUUCGACCAGAGAGCCCAUGCUGUCAACAGCCCACAGCGGCACACUGAUCACCACUUCUAAACUGGAUUGCAACAGCUCAGAACAUGAGGAGAAACUGGAGCUAUACUUCUCUGAUCCCCAGCAGCUACUGGAUCUGCAGACAGAGCUGACUGAGCAGAACCUGUCCCUGAUUCAGAACUCCACCAGGGGGGAUGAGACACUUGAGGAGCUCCGGCAGAACAUCGAGACCACCUUGAAGAAAAUGAAAGAGGAUGAAGAGAAGCUAACGUUGCAGGUAAAUGACAUGAAGGACAGAAUAGACAAAGAGAAGGAGAGAGCUGCCAUGCUCAGAAAGAAGGUUCAGGUCCAUGACUCAUUAAAAAGAGAGGACCAGGAUGUUUUGUUGGAUGCUCUGGGCAUGAAGGUGACAGAAGUGUAUUGCUGCUGCGUGGAUGGCCGGUUGACCAACCUCAGCACCUUGGAGAAGCUGUCCAGUGUCGAGUACCGUAUGUCUUUACAGCUCCAGCUCCUUGAGAACAUCCCUGAAGAAAGCUUGGAGACACUGAGGCAGAUCAAGGACAGUCAGAGGAGGAGCAGGCUGCGUGAAGAAAAGCUGAGACUGGAGAGGGAGAAACAGAAAGAAAGGAUGAAGAAGUGCAUGCAAAGAUCCCUGGGUGACACCAAGAAAAUAAGAGGAAGAAAGCUCAUGCCCAGAUGCAUCCCUGUUGAGCUGAAGAGCAAAGUCAGCGAUGAGGACAACAUUCCUGCCGAGGAUGAACUCCAUGCAUACCUCUUCACCACUGAGGACGUGGAGUAAAAAAGAAAUAAACACAUACGGUUUGUUUUCCAUGCCAUGAAAAGUAGAAAAAAAUACUACUACAGCAGUUAUGUCAAGUCACAGGUCUUGAUACCAAAUCUCAGGUCACGACGUGCGUUUCAAGUUCUAAACUUUAGGAUUCAGUCUCAAAUAAGUCCAAAUGUAUUCUUCAUCAAUAUGUAAGGCCAUUUUAAAAUGUAAACAUUUUGCAUUAACAUAUAUUAUAAAACACAUAACAAAUUUUUGGUGUGCCCAGGAUUAUGAGUUAAAUCAGCAGUAAUUAUACAGUAUACAGUAUAAUAAAGCAGUCUGAUUACUGAAUGUUGAUUAUUUUUACAGCUGAUUGGUGUCUAAAAUCAUAAUAAUAUCAAAUGUCAAACACAUUUUCCUACCACAACUCCGUAUAGUCUACAGAGCUCAUUUAUUCCAGUACAUGCGGAUAUUUCUGAUAUUAACAAAAAUCUUACAAUCUGAAAUUUGGCUCCAGGGCAGCAAUAUGGAGACAUUUUUCUUUUGGUGAAAAGAGGCAGAAAAUAUCAGUCAACUGAAGGAGGUGGAGGUGAUUGAUGAAGAUGACUUGUCACACAGACCUAAUGAGAUGAUAUGGGAGGGCGAUGAAACAGUUGGCCUUUAUUUUACAUUUACAGUACGUACAUUCUCCACGCUGCUUCACACUGCAGUGCUUCUUUUCUGAACACCCGAACCAGCCUCCCUGCGCGUUAUUUUUCACGUUUUCAUUAGGCCUGCAGGCCACAUAUUAAUAUUCUAGGUCACUAAAAUGUCAUGUCGCUGAAACCAGCUCUAAGCUUUCUCGAACGGUCUGACCUAACUGGUUUGUUAACAAACUCGCAAACUUUGUAACGUAUGAGACACCGUAGACGUUACUAAAGGCAAAUACUGUUUGUGUGAAUGAGUGUCAGUGCAGAUGUCAAAGGUUGCAGCUCUUUUAUAAACAGACUAUAUAUUAUAUCGGACAGCGUUACCGAUAUCGUGGAAGAGGAAACAUGACGGACACUGAUUGGUGUAGAUUCACAGCAGGACGUUUUCAUUGGCCACUGACUGUAUAAGGGGCUGAACUCUUCACAACUCUGACAACUACAACGGCGCAGAAAGAUGAUUUAAACUUUCUUGCUGAGUAGCAACGUUCCAAGUUCCUCAACCGGAGCAUCAUAUAUUUACAGUCAACACAGUGCACUGUAUUGUGUAUUACGAUGUAAUGUUUAUGGCAUUUAUGUUGAAGUUGCAUCUGUUUAAUAUGUAGCAUAAGCGCUUUCCUGUGCUUAUCACUGCAGUCUUGUUAGGUUACAAUGAAAACGUUUCUGAAUUCAUUUUUGCAUGUUUUGAUGGUUUUGCUGCUCAUUAAAAUCACUGUAGGCCACACUUUAGCUUACAGUAGCCUAUA